GGUGGAUGUAUGUGUGUGUCUGUGUGUGUGUUUCCCGCAGACAUGACAGGGUGUACAGUAGCCAGGUAGAGACUCCAGCAGCCUGCCUGCUCUCUCAGCUUCCAAAACCUGAACACUGGUGCUCCCAUGGUGCUGAUAACAGUACUACUUCAAGAAUGGAAUACAUACACACACACCAUAGCAAACACCAGCGAAAAUGUGUUUUAAAGUGCAUUGGAAGUGUUACAGUAUGGAAAGUGUAAAGAUUGAGAACUGAUGUGCAUGCUUGUGUUUGGAACUGAAAGUUUUUAUCAUCCAUUACAAAGAUGUGUUUCUUCAGUACAUUGUGGCUAUCUUCUAAAAAACAAACAUAGAUCAGUUAAACCAAAGAUAAGAUCUCAGAAUUUUAGAAAAUGUUCGUAAAUAGACAAUAUUGAUUCUGAGUUAUGUUAUAAGGUCAUAAGAUGACUGUGUCUCAUUGGAGGUUUAUAAAUAACUGAACUUAAAUUGUCACAUGAUAAAGCAAACAUGGUUGUACAUGCGCCAUAAUGAACAGAAAGUUGAGGUGCUGAACUGAGGAGUAACGGAGAGUUGAGGUGCUGAACUGAGGAGUAACGGAGACACAUGAUGGGGCUGUACAGUCUUGAGAGCAUGAUGAACGACAGGAUGUCGGUGGCCAAGCGCCGAAACUCAUGUCCCCCGCAAGCGUUUGAGUACGCGAAUGGUCAGGACUGGCGCAGUCUACUGGCCCAGCACGGCCGCUUCCUCCAGAACAGGGUCUUGUAUAGCAAUAGGAACAGUGUGGACCUGUCCCGAGCAGACUUCCCACUCACAUUCCACCCUGUUCACGGUGACAACGUUGAGCUGUCUGCGGACCGGCGACAGGCAAAACGCGGGGACAGCUUUUGUAAGGGGAUAUGCUUCAGUGGGCGGCCAAUUGCCAUUGGGGAGCGGGUCUUUCUCAAGUUUGUUGACACGUCAGGCAGCUGGAGCGGUGUGCUGAGGUUCGGUUUCACCAGCACGGAUCCAGGGACACAGCGGGGAGAGGACUUACCUCGGUAUGCAUGCCCUGAUAUGACAAACAGACCCGGAAACUGGGCAAAAGCUCUUGGUGAAAGGUACGCUGUGGCGGGAAAUGAGUUGUUUUUCUAUGUGACAAGAUCAGGGGAUGUGUUUUAUGGUGUGAAUGGUGAAGAGAAGGGGUUGUUUUUCAGUGGUGUGAACACUAGCGAACCUGUGUGGGCAUUGUUGGAUAUCUAUGGUAACACUGGCUGCGUGGAAUUCACCAACCCUCUACAGCAGCCUCUCAAUAAUAUGGUAUCCAUGACGACCGGCUCGCCCAUGGGUUCCACUGGCUCACGUCAAGCCAACAACAGCAUGGCUUCCCAUGUCACAUCAAUAACAAUAUCGGACAAUAGACGGAACAAUCGGGAGGCUCACACACGCGCUCAGAUAAGCCGAUUCCAUGGCAAUGCGGAAUUUUCACCUCUUCCUUUUCACAAUCUGUGUGGUCGAAACAUUCGCAUAUCGCCUGAUCAGUUAAUUGCAACAAGAACUAAGGAUGAAUACUGUAACGCUUAUGUGUUCACAUCGCGCCCUCUGAGGUGUGGUGAAAAGAUUGUUGUUCAGGUGCAGGGUGUUGACAGGUCAUUUAUCGGUGGGCUGGCAUUUGGGUUUACGUCAUGUGACCCGACAACACUAAAGGAGGAGGAUCUUCCAGACGACGCAGACCUGCUGCUGGACCGUCUCGAGUACUGGGUUGUCAACAAAGAUGUUUGUCGAAGCCCUGAGAUAGAGGACGAGCUUGGCUUCCACCUGACUAAUGAAGGGGAGGUUCAGUACUCGCGGAACAACCACAAGUGGUCCACUCUCAUGCACGUGGACAGAACACUCCCUCUCUGGGCAUUCUUCGACGUCUAUGGAAACGUGCAGAAAAUCAAGAUGAUUGGUGCUACAGUGCCAACUCUUCUGCCUCCCCGACCAAUGCCUCGGUCCCGAUCGACUUCAAGUGCAUUGAUGGUGACCCUUCCACCACCUCCACCCCAACGCCACUCCAUGGUGCCGCCUAUGACCCUGAACCUGGGGAGUCAAGUAGGGGGUGUCCAAGGGGGCAUGUCCCGCUCUAUCAGCCAGCCUGCACCCCUUGUGCCCCCCUCCCCAGGGACCCCUGCGUCGCUGCCUCCCCUCUCAACACCUGCCACGCCCAGCUCAAUUAACGAUCCUGUCGCUGACAAUGAAAACAACGAGUGUAACGUUUGCUACGAGAGACCUGUAAAUGCCGUGUUGUAUACGUGCGGACACAUGUGUAUGUGCUUUGAGUGUGCGCAAGCUGUCAGGCAGGAGCGCAACCCGUUGUGCCCAAUAUGUAGAGGUGAAAUUAAAGAUGUGAUAAAGAUAUAUCGGUCAUAGACCAUCAUGCUAUUCAAAUAGAAUGUUUGUACUUGUUUCUUUGUUAAGUCUGAAAUGUUUUAAUCAUCUAUAACUGGUUGCAGUUGUUUAGAUGUUACAAUAUAGAUGAUAGAAUUACAGCAAUUUUCACUUCCAGUAAAUCUCAAAGUAAGAAAUGUUUUCAGAAUUCAAUUUAAGGAACCUUUGUAUGCAGAGUUAAUGUGCAUUCUUAGAUGAUUAUCGUAAGUGUUCCAGUUUUGAUGAAGGAAAGGCUUCAAUCAUAUGAAGUGAUUAUAGAAAUGUCAUUGACAGGCCUGUAUCUAUAACCCACAUUUAUGACCCUUUUUAAUCCAUUCCGUCAUCUAAAGUUAAGAAUCAAAGCUGCGUCUAGAAGAAAUUGACCUUAAAAUAUGAAAUACAUAGUUUCCUGUGACUAAAAGUAUAAUGUUUUUAAAAAAACAUUGAUAUUUGAUAUGAUAUAAAUCAACUUUAUCACAGUUGUAUCUUUGAUAAGGACGAUAAACAACUGGAUCACCCCUGACACUCUGUAGAGUUAUUGCCCUUGAGUUGAUGAAAUCUGACUAAAUUUACCUUGUCCACUAGCUUACAUGAGCAAUAUUUAGCUGCUAAGCUAUUAAACAAAUAUUUCUUAAGGGUAUAUCAUAAUAUAUCAAAUAAGAUCAACUAGCAGAAGCAACAAUUGUCCAAGAUUGAAGAGUUAUGGCCCUUGAAUUAAAUUUUUGCUGAUUUUUCUAUGUCCAUUCUCUAAUAUAAACAAUUCUUUUCAAUCUUUACAAACAUGGCCACAGCGUUUAUAGCCACAGAUAUAUCUCAAACCUGAAGAAACACUAGCUGAUACUAGAUAAACACUGAAUAUUCCAAAAACUCCAUUGCACAAGGGAUAUAACUUAAUAAUUCCUCAAUAAUUUUAAGCCAUUAGUCUGAUUAGUCGGUAAUCCAGACAGGGUUGAAUUAAAGGUAUUGGUCAAGGGAAAUAAGUGCCUUCUUGUCCCCAACCAGCUAAAUUGUGUGCAGCAUUCCAGAUUAUGGCCUGUAGUUUCCUUUUUUGUCAGCCAAGUUAACAUUUUUCGCAUUAUAAUUAUUAUAUUGUUAAUAACAGAUUCGGUAACCAAGUGUACAGAAAUAUUCAAAUGACCUCAGACAAUUCCAAGCUACAAAAUACGCAAUGCUUUUCAUAGUAUAUUAAUUAAUAUGAUAUAUUUAUGAUAUAUUUUUGUUCUCAUUUUACCAUGCCAUGUACAAACUGUCUCAUUCUCACUCAAGGGUUGUUUUCAUCUCUCAAAAAAAAAAAUUGUAUAAAAUUACUGAGAUAUUUAUUGAAGAUCACCAAGUAGAAAUUUGUUAAAAUAAUUAUUCACAUUUCAAAUGUAAAUAAUCACCGUCCCCUCCAUUAGAUAUAAACACUCCAGGCCCCAUUUCAUCACAAAUCAUAGGGCGAGUUCGUUCCUAGGAAAGCUUUUGAACUAUUGUACUACACUUCUCUCAUAAGUAUGAAAUCGAUCCUAUAGCAUUUUGGAUGAAAUGGCUUCCAGUUUCUUUGGGAUGGAUUUUUGGGCAGGCUUAAGUGUCCUUUUUUCCAUUUGGGUGAUUGGAUGGCAAUGCAAGUGUGUAUAAUAUAUAAUAUAAAAGGUUUACCUUACACUGAUCUUCACCUUGAGAUUAAAUAGAACAAAUGACAAAUGAAUGCUUGAGUUGCAGUAGCUAUGACCCGCUUGUAUUUCAGUGUCAUAAGGGGGACAAGCAUGCUAUCUGGUAGAAAGAUUUAUCAUAGUCAGUUAAGCCCCUUGGUCUGUGAGUUGGG